CGUCACCAGGAAGUACCACUGUAACCAAGGCGGCAUCAUGGCAGAAUACAUAGACCCACGCGGCGACGGAGACGCCGACGAGAUGCCGGAGCUCUCCGACUGUGACGACGACGAUGACGUUGAUAACGAUGAAGACCUGUGGCAGUGGGCGGAGGAGGAUGAGGAGGACAGUAGGCCGGCUAACGUCACGUGUCUGUUCUGUGACAGGUUGCUGAGCUCUGUGCCUGCCACCCUGCAGCACUGCGCGGCCGACCACCAGGUCAACCUCGUGGAAAUUAUAAAAAAACACCAUUUAGACGACUACGGUUACAUAAAGAUGAUCAACUUCAUCCGGUCGACAAAAUGUGAUGCGUCCGGUCUGACGGGACUGCCAGACGCUCCUUUACCGUGGGAGAGUGAAGACUUCCUGCGACCAGUCCUGCAGGACGACCCUCUGCUGCAGACAGACCCCGAGGAGCUCUGCGAGGACUUGAGCCUGUCGGUGUGCCCGUCGUUCAGGGCCGAGUCCCAUGAUGCACUGCAGCAGAGGGCCCAGGCCGCUGAGGAGAGAGCCAGUACUUCAGAGCAGGCGCUGGCCAGAGCCAUGGACGACCUGCAUAAACUCAAGCUUCUGGCUCAGGGUUUGGUGCUGAACGCAGAGGCAGGCAGGCCGGGCAACUCGAGCGCCGUGGCCGAGCUCCGCGAGGAUGAGGACGAGGCCUACUUCAGCUCCUACGGCCAUUAUAGCAUCCACGAAGAGAUGCUGAAGGAUAAAGUGCGCACGGAGAGCUACCGCGACUUCAUGUACCGCAACCCUGAAGUGUUCAGAGACAAGGUGGUGCUCGACGUGGGCUGUGGGACCGGCAUACUGGCCAUGUUCGCCGCCAGAGCUGGGGCCAAGCAGGUCAUAGCGGUCGACCAAUCAGAAAUCAUCUAUCAGGCCAUGGACAUAGUCAGGUCCAACGAGCUGGAGGACAAGAUCACUCUGAUCAAAGGCCGCAUAGAAGACAUCAAGCUCCCAGUGGAGAAGGUGGACGUCAUCAUCUCAGAAUGGAUGGGUUACUUCCUGCUGUUUGAGUCCAUGUUGGACUCUGUCCUGUACGCCAGAGACCUCUACCUGGCGGACGGCGGCUCAGUCUAUCCGGACCUUUGCAACAUCAGCCUGGUUGCAGUCGGAGACGCACAGAAGUACCGAGACCACAUUGCAUUCUGGGAUGACGUGUAUGGCUUCAACAUGGCGUGCAUGAAGAAGGCCGUGGUGCCCGAGGGUAUGGUGGAGGUGGUGAAAGAAGACACACUCAUCUCUGAACCCGCAGUCAUACAGACGUUCGACUGUAACAAAGUGCGUCUGUCUGAGCUGGAGUUUGCGUCAGAUUUCUGCCUGAAGAUGACAAACACCACAGAAUGCACAGGCUACACACAAAAAAUGACCUGAAACCAACAUUUGCCCGCCCGCUAUCAUUCAUCAGAGAGGCGGUGUGAAAGGAACAAGGCAGUACAACCAGCAGAGACAUCAGUCAGCUCACGUUGAUGGAUCGUGGUCCUGUAUUUAAGAGGAUGUCUGUCAGUGUGAUAUUUAAUAGAGUUUCAGAUUGAAUCAGAGCAGAGAGGCUUAAUGUGACUUUGAAUUGCAUGUCAAACAACAUGGUGGAUGUUCACAGCCUGUUUGCCCCGUCUUCCUCUCGAAAAACACACUCUUGAUCGCGGGCCUCCUCAAAUGUUUGAGCCCAAACUGGUCGCAGUGUGUUUUUUAAAAAAGACGCACGAUACCACAAACAAACUAACGUGAGUGAGGCCGCUGUAGAUCAGGAACUCGCAUGUUGCGCGAGGUAAAAGUAUCGAGUUCGGAGUCUCGUGACUUAUUUUUUAAGAGACGUCACGUUUUCUUCUUCGAGAUUUAGAGUGAACCGUUGGAAAUUUCUGGUUCAGCCAACGUAGUAACACACGACAAGUUUGCAUUUAGGUUAAUUUAAUUAAAAUUGUUAUAUGGGUACUGCUCCCCAAGUUCAUAUCACGCAACGCAAAUGUGUGAGAUGAUUUGAGUCCUUUUUUGAUGACGUCAGCAUUUUCACAGCUGGAAGGCAGAACUCCUUCUUUGAUUUACAUAUUUGGUUUUUGAGGUAAUCCUCACGUAGUGGAAAGUAAUCCAGUUGCGUUAAAAAUGGUGACACUUGGAUCAGGUUCCUCUUGACUAUAUUUUCUUAACAGCUAAUUAGGAAUUGUCUUUGCAUGGGAAAAAGAUAUAAACAUGACUACUGUGAAUACGACGAUCUGAUGAUACACAACGUAUCCAUCGAGUGCUUUUGGUGUUUUAAUUAAUAACGUGUGUGUACAAAUUAACAGAAUAAAGUGUGAAAACAUCAAAAAAAAUACCCCCAACAUAUUCAUGCGUCUCUGUCCGAAAUCAAAACCACCUCCUAUUAAACCAGCGGACACUUUCUUUUUAUUCCCAUCGCUGAAACUAAAUGCGGCGAAUUAACCCAAACACAAAAAUCUGGAGUCCCGCGUGAGACACGCUCGAUCUUUUUGACUAACGCUAAAUUGAAACGUGUGUCCUCAGCGAGGGUCAGCUACAGGC